AUAAACGUAGCCUAGCGGCAAAAUAGCUACGAACCAUUUGGUGAGCUAAGUUGUAAGGUUAGCCUAAUUUAACAUGUCUGUAUUAUACUUAGGCGGACAGUUUCGUUUAAGGUUAUGCGGCUAGAUAGCCUACGUCUUACGUUCUGAAACGUCUGUUCCAGAUGUUCUCAAAGCCUGCUACCCGAAAUCGCAGUAGCCUACAUCUUGUCACUCUAUGCUGUAUGCAGCGUGCAAAACAGUUCAGUGGUGCAGUCGAACCUUUCGUCGAGUAUGAUCUUGAGACACACUUUAUCGAUAAUUGUUUUGUAUUACUGAACAAAAAACCGUACAAUUGGGUAAUGAAUGUGGCAUAUUUUAGCAGCAGUGGUGGUUACUUGAACUCCAGGCACAAUUUUUUAGCAGGAAUAGUGAUUGAAGUGAACUUCAGCUGAUUUAGUUAAAUUCAGAUGAGUCAAUUCAGAUUAAUUAAAAUCACCCUAUUUUAAUUUAUUUUCUGUAUCUGGGAUUAUCCAGGAGACCAUUUUUUAAAUAUCGGAAGUACAUUUUUGCUUAACGUUUUCUGAACGGUUACACUAUAUUGUAUGUAUAUUGUAGCUGUCCAUUCACUGAAUGCAGUUUUUAGUUUUACUUUACUAUCAGCAUGUGACGCAACAGAAGUCUAUGUGGAAAAUGUACAGACUAUUGUUACGUCAUCAAUGCAUUCGAAAUUUCAUAUAAAUCUCACACAAAAACAGGUAAAGUCACUUGUACCUUGUACGAAGUAACGUUCUUUUCGGCAGGACAACGCUUUCAACAUGUUAUCCUCAGAGACCGAAAAGUACGAUUUUAUAGAGAGCUUAGGCCGUGGUAUGUUCGCGGAGGUCGCCAGAUUCCAGCGUCAAAGCGACCGGAAAAUGGUGGCCGUGAAAAGAAUGCCCCGUGUUCACACGAGGCUUUGCCUUCACGAAGCACGAGUUCUCGCUGCUCUCACGGACGAGAAUGCUUACGAUCACCACAUCGUUCGUUUUUAUGAAGCUUUCGGGGACGAGUUUCAUGUUUACUUGGUUGAAGAAGUUAUGGGCCAGAACCUGCAUGACUUCCAAAAGGCAAACUCGUUGAUAAAGUUUAAAAUACGGGACAUCCGGACGGUUGUUCUCCAGGUGGCCACAGCCCUGGCCAAACUGAAAGACAUGGGCGUCGUUCACGCUGACAUCAAACAGGAAAACAUCGUGCUCGUGAACCAGCGCCGCGAGCCCUUCCGAGUAAAGCUGAUCGACUUUGGCUCCGCCAUUACUACCCAAGACCUAGCUUCAAUGUGGACGCCCUACAUUCAGCCCAGAUUCGUCAGAGCUCCAGAGGUCCUACUGGGCUAUCGUUGCACGGAAAAGAUCGACGUGUGGUCUUUGGCCUGUGUGAUGGGGGAAAUGGCCCUUGGUCGGACCCUCUUCCCCUCGCGCUGCGAGCUGGAACUGGCCCACAGCAUCUUUGGGAGCCGGGGGUUUCCCUCUGCUACGAUGCUGGAAGCAAGCAUCAAGACUAAAUUGUUUUUCGACCUUGUAGACAAUGGUAGGGGAGCACAUGAAUUGCGGGUGAAGCCCUACCAGGGAAGAGAACUGUUUACGGGGACACAGAGCUUGCGGAGGCAUGUGCCAGCCAACCUGGAGCUUCUUCAAGCCCUGGAGGAUCUUGCGAAAGGCUAUGAAGAACAAGAGCUCGCUGAGUCUGCUGACCGUAGGUGCCUGGUUGACCUGCUCAAUCGAAUGCUGGUUCUUGAACCAGAACAGCGGAUCAGCCCCAACCAGGCCCUACGCCACCCUUUCCUCACCCUGCAGCACCUCCAAAAGCGCGGCAACUACCGCUCAUAUUACAACUUUGCGCUGCAGGGGUACAGUGAGGCAGGUGUGACCCUGCCCCAGGACCGCUCUGACAUGUAUGCGGAUUCCUCUGAGGAGAUCGUCCUCGAGGUCCCGAAGAGGAAGAAGCGUUCCCUGAGACGGUCGCUACGCUCGCUUUUCACGCGCCUUUUCACACGCCGGCGCAAGAAGCAGCCUGCGGCCGCUCAGGGAAACAAGGACGGCCUGGAGGGUUCCGCAAGCUGUGCCGUCCCUGGAGACCAGCCGGCCCAGAACACCGGGAGCGAAGAGGCAUGUGAGGACCAGUGCCAAUCCCCGACUGCAGGCAGCAGUGUCCGGGCCGAGGAGUCGACCGCCCACGAGGAGCCCCCAAAGAAGAAAGGCUUCAUGAGGUGGAUGCGGACAGUUGCCUCCUGCUUUUCUGGAUGCCGGGGCAAGAAGGCUGUCGCCACAGAGGACAGCAACAGCAGCCUGUAGAGUUCUGGGUGGUGGAAAGCAUGACAAGGACGAAUGCUGGAGCUGAAUCAACUUAUUGGUCCACUUAUCACAUAGGCAAGAAAAUUUAAUCUCAUACCAGGUGAGGGCAGGAUGCUAGGAGUAUGCCCCAGGCAGAAAUAUGGUAAGAAAGAUUGGUGAGUAAAAAGUUUACCAUUUGCCUCAUCCAAGCAUCUACAUGUGAGUAUUAUCGGUGUGAUUGGAACAAGGGGUGGGGGUGGGGGGGGCAUUCUAGUUGAGAUAAAAAAGAAUAAUUCAGAAUGGAACACUUACUUCCAUGAGCAGAACAAUAUUGAUUUUUUUUUCCACUUCAUCGAGUCGAGACCAGUUGUUCCAUAGGUUUCUUUCAGCAUCCUUUCACAGGGAUGGACACCAGAUUCAUGAAAUUCAUGAGUGGUGAUCUGGGAUCGGUUUUCCCUGGCCCAUAGCCUGGCCUUAUCUGUUGAUUACAUUACAUUACAUUACAUUACAGGCAUUUGGCAGACGCUCUUAUCCAGAGCGACGUACAACAAAGUGUAUAACCAUAACCAGGAACAAGUAUGACGAAACCCCUAGAGAGAAGUACCGGUCCAAGUGCAGGGAACAACCGCAUAGUUCAACUUGGACCCUGAAGGUUACGAAACCUACGAAACAGGGCUACGAUUAGGGCUAAAAGGUAAAUGGGUUAUAACUGAUCCCAGAUCACCACUUGCCUACUGUUCUGAAUUUGGGCCCGGGAGAUCCAGCAGCGCUACCAGGACACUGGGAUCCAUCAGCAGCUCAAGAGGGGUCGAGGAGGUGUGCUAAAAUAGGCAAAGAGAGGGCAGCCCUGAACUCAUUGAGGAGCAAUAACAAGUCGGUUGCCACAAAACAGCACAAGAAGCAUUACAAAAUGGAGAAAUUGACUCGUGAAGAUGUUCCAGCAAGGCGAACAGGAGUUUGGGAUCCACCAGCAGCCCACUCAAAGGGGUAGAUGAGACAGCAGCUGUUCUCGGUUAUCUAUCAGCCAGUCUUUACUAAUGACACCGGGCCAGCCAGCGGAGGAUGGGCUCCCCCUCUACAACCGGGUUCCUCCCGAGAUUUCUUCCCAUUGGGGAGUUUUUUCUUGCCACCGUGUUUUUAAUCCCACUGGGGAUUUGUUUUAUCUUGCUUGCUCAUUUUGUUGGGGGUUCAGGCCUGGUUUUUGCCCAUUUUCUGUGUAAAAAUGGCUGUUUAUUUAUUUAAUUUAUUUUUUUAUUUUUAUCGUUGAAUGCUAUCGCAGGUAAAUAAAACAAUCAAAAGUAUUAAUGAAUAAAAAUCAGUCAAUCAUUUCAGCCUUUAAUUAAUUCUCGGUAGAAGCAUUGACGGGCCCUCAUUUACAAUGGUGCCCAGAUAAAAGAAUAGGGUAGGCCUACAUUAAAACAACAACAUUGUAAACAUGUGGUCUAUCAAUUUUUUUUUAAAUUAAGCCUAAUAACACAAAUAAUAAAUCAAAUACGUACACAAGGACAAUUCUAUUAAAAAUGAUUUCUAAAAACAAUUCAGAUCAGCUACUAUACAGCACUAGGAACGUUCCACAUCUAUGAUGUCGGGCCGACGCCCCAACGAUGGUUAUAAUGGAAGUGAGUAAGCGGAAGGAGAACUAAUGAGUUACGACUCUGGGCCUAUUCCCACCCGACCCGAUGUCUGGCCAUGUGCCCCUGUCACUUCUCAUUUCUAUGGCAACCACUUAAAAAAAAUUUUGAAAAAACUUUAUUGCUCUCUAAAAUGUUUGGUGUGAUGGUAAUGACAGAUGUAUCAGGGACAGAGAUAUUUAACUAUAAAAUUGCACAUACAUAUACCAUAUGAAUUUGAAAUAUGUCUUUUUAUGUUAUUAUGAGAAAAUGCAAAGUAAAGUUUUAAUGAAUUUAACCAUUUUUAUUACUUUAUUAUAGAGGUGACGUUAAAAAGUGUGGGUUGGGGACAAGCCCAAAACAGUGCAAUUCUGGCACAUUUGAAUUUUCAACAUAGCCUAC